GCCUUGCAGCCCCGCUGGAGCUUCAGAAGCAACCAUGCAGCGUACCGUUCUGUUUAGCUGCCUCCUAGCUCUCUGGGCCGGGGCCCUCGGCCAGCGGGUGGAUGUGUCCGAGAUGGACCCAGACUACUACUGCAAGGGGCGCUCCGACAACGAGUUCUUCAGGAAGGAAAGCCCUCCUGACAUCACCGAAAAGAAGGCUACUGAGACGUGUCAAACGUACUACCGCUGCGUGCCGGGCGGGGGCAACCUCAAGCUGGUGAGCAAGAGUCAGUGCGGGUUCGGCAUGUUCUUCGAUGUCGAGCUGCAGAUCUGUGAAGUGCGCAGCAAAGUCACCAACUGCGCCCGUUGGCAGAAGCAUUCCCUGCCCAAGCCCAAGUGGCCGAUUGCGAACGACGAGGUCUCGAACUGCCCCGCUGGCCAGAUCGAGUGCGGCAGCGAGGAGUGUCUGAACCAGCGCUUAUUCUGCGACGGCGCUCUUGACUGCCGUGAUGGUUCCGACGAGAACAUCUGCAAUGACCCCGAGACCGACCCAAACGCGGCGGCCAAAUGCGACGUCCGCCAAUGCCUCUGGGAACAAGGCUGCUUCUGCUCCAUCGAUGGCACGCGCAUCCCGGGCGAUCUUUUACCAAGCCAGACUCCUCAAAUGAUUCUCGUCACAUUUUCCGGUGCUGUCAAUGAAGAAAACUUCAGGAUUUACGAACAGAUUUUCAAAGAGACUACCAAGAACAAGGGUAACGACUGUACCGCUAAAGGUACAUUUUUCGUGUCGCACGCAUUCACCAACUAUUCUGCGGUACAGGAGUUACACCGACGAGGUCACGAAAUCGCUGUUGGUUCUAUCACGAACAGUGCCAGCAAGACUUACUGGAGCAACUUGACUGCUGCUGAUUACGAGGCUGAGUUCGAUGGCGCGCGACUCAUAACUGAAAAGUUCGCUAAUAUCAGUCAAGGAGAGAUUCUUGGUAUGCGUGUCCCUCAAGGACGUGUUGGAGGCAACGAGCAAUUCUCCAUGAUGAUUGACUGGGGCUUCUUGUACGACUCGUCACUCGCUGCCCCUCGUGGCCGACUGCCGCUGUGGCCGUACACUCUGCAGCACCGCAUGCCCCACAAGUGCCUGGGUACUGAUCAGAACUGCCCGACCAGAAACUUUACUGCCUGGGAAAUGGUUCUUAAUGAGCUGGACCGUCGUGACGACCCUGAGUUCUCCGAGGCUCUUACAGGUUGUCAUUUGGUCGAUCAGUGUGCCAACAUUGUUGAUCCCAAGCAGUUCCGUAACUUCUUGGAUAUCAACUUGGCUCACCAUUACAACACCAACCGUGCUCCGUUGGGUUUACACUUUCAAGCUGCUUACUUCUUGACUCGCAAGUCCUUCUUGCGUGAAUUCGCCAAUUGGGUUGCUGAAGUGGCUGGUCGUGGCGACGUCUACUUCGUGACCAUGUUGCAAGCCAUCAGCUGGAUGGAAGCUCCCACAGAAAUCGCGGCCCUGAAUAAUUUCCCCGAAUGGAAGAACAAAUGUGACCCCAAAGGAUUGCCGUACUGCUCGCUGCCCAACCCAUGUGAAAGUAAGCCUCCUCGUGAACACGCGAAUGAAGACAGAAUGUUCCUGUACACCUGUGAGGACUGUCCCAACGCCUACCCCUGGCUCUACGACCCUCUCGGUAACGGAGCUCUCGACCCUGUACUCUAAGUAUUUUCUUUUACCCCGCUUUUUAUCUAACAAAAUUGCAUGUAACGGCCAAUUAUGAAUUGGAUCAUAAAGAAUAGGUGAUUCGCUUUACGGAACUCCCAAGACGAUACAAUAUUUUAAUUAUUAAAUAUUUUCAUAACAGGUAGUUGUGUUACGUUUCAACGCCUUGUACUCGUAGCUUCUGUAAUCCGUUGCGAGGAAACAAUACUUCAGCUCAUUUUGUAUAUGAUAAUGUACAGUUGAUCUUUGUUACAUGUUAAGAUGUUUUUCAAUAAAAUAUCUCAUCCCU